AUGGACUUCACUAGAAUAAAUCCUUUAGAGUUUCAUGGUUCGAAGGUUGAGGAAAAUCCUCAAAAGUUCAUUGAUGAAGUGUACACAGUGGUGAUGAUCAUGGGAGUGACACCGGUGGAAAAUGCAGAAUUGGCCAUUUAUCAACUUAAGGGUUUUGCUCAAGUGUGGUUCAACCAAUGGAAAGAAGAGAUGGUAGUUGAUGCUGGUGCUCUUGAUUGGGAAAAACUUAAGGUUUCUUUCCUUGAUAGGUUCUUUCCCCUUGAGAUGAUAGAGGUAAAGGUACUUAAAUUCAUAAACCUUCAUCAAGGAAACAUGAGUGUGAAGGAAUAUGCUUUGGAGUUCACGCAAUUGUCUAGGUAUGCUCCUACUAUAGUUGUCGAUCCUAGGGCAAGGAUGAGAAAGUUCAUUUCGGGAAUGUCCGAGAUGGUAGUCAAAGAAUGUCGUACCGCCAUGCUCAUCAAUGGCUCCUCUAAUGCUACUCCUAGAUUCAACAAAGAAAGAGUGUUUAACCCUAAGUCUCAAGGAGGAAAUGGUAGUGGAUCUUCAUUGUCUACUUGUGUUAAAUAUGGAAGGAAGCAUGGGGUUAGAUGUCUAGCCGAUUCUAAUGCAUGUUUUUGUUGUGAAAAUAUGGAUCACAUGAUAAGGAAUUGUCCCUCAGUUUCUAAGAAUGAAGAAGAUAAUCGUCGACAGGCUCAUCCUUCGUCCGGUUCUAGUGGAAGUCAGAAGCAAAACAUGUUUUAA